GUCGCGGCGCUGAAGGUAUCCAGGAUAUUGCGGAUGGGCGGAAGUGGUUCCACGAUGCCUUGCUCGGUAUUUCCAGCAUCGAGGCUGGCGCGACUGUUGAUCAAGGCAAGCUGCGCGAUGAAGUGCAGGGUUUUCAGGCGACGCCGAGCCCUGGCCACGGCGCGCGCCGCAGGCUCGACGCAGCGAUGUCACGUGCCAGGACGGAGCAGAGCGACUUCACCGAGUCACCUCUCAUAGGCACGUGCAAUCGCCAACG